AUGGAAAUGGCAGAAGAAGCUAAUGUUAUCAUUGUUGGAGCUGGUCCGGCUGGCUUAGCCGCCUCUGCAUGCCUCAAUCGUCUUCACAUUUCCAAUAUUUUACUAGAGAGAGAGGACUGUUGCGCCUCUCUCUGGAAGAAAAGGUCUUAUGAUCGAUUAAAACUACAUCUUGCAAAGGAGUUUUGUGCACUUCCUUACAUGCCCUUUCCCCCAAAUGCACCACGAUUUGUUCCCCGGAUACAGUUCAUCCAGUACCUGGAAAAUUACGUCUCACAUUUUCAGGUCAAUCCGCAAUGCAAUCGAUGUGUUGUGUCAGCCGAAUACGACCAAUCGCGUAGGCGAUGGAAAGUUGUGGCUGAGAACUCGGCUUCCAACACUGAAGAAUUGUAUUUUGGGAAAUAUCUUGUGGCUGCCACUGGUGAAAAUAGUGAAGGUUUCAUUCCAAAUUUACCUGGCUUGAACCUUUUUGGAGGGGAUUACCUGCACUCGAGUGAGUACAGAAAUGGGAAUGCUUACAAAGGCAAAAAUGUAUUAGUUGUUGGUUGCGGAAACUCUGGCAUGGAGAUUGCUUAUGAUUUACAAAAAUGGGGCGCUAAAACAUCAAUUGCUGUUCGUAGCCCGGUGCACAUACUGAAUAAGAAUAUAGUGUGGUUAUCAAUGACAAUAUUGAAAUUUCAUGUUUCAAUCAAGAAAGUAGAUAAAAUAGCAACGAGGCUUGCAAAGUUAAAAUAUGGAAAUUUAUCCAAGUAUGGACUUCCAAGGCCUAAAGAGGGACCAUUUUAUCUGAAAGCAACCACUGGCCGAUCAGCCACCAUCGAUGUUGGUUGCUUGAAGAACAUUAAGAAAGGAAAAGUCAAGGUUUACCCAACUAUCAAAAGCGUUGAUAGAAGUAAAUACAUCGAAUUUAACAAUGGCGACAUGCGAAAAUUCGAUGCCAUUAUUUUUGCCACUGGCUACAGAAGUACUGUCAGGAAAUGGCUUAAGGAUGGUGGAGGGCUCUUCGAUGAAACUGGAUUACCUACGAAAAAUACAAAUUCCUGGAAAGGAGAAAAUGGACUUUAUGGUGCUGGAUUUGCAAGACAAGGAUUGUUUGGUAUCGCCAAAGAUGCUAGAAAUAUAGCAGAAGAUAUAAAGUCUGACUUGACUAGUCAAAACCAGAGAAAUAAUUGA